UCAAGACCGGGUCAUCUGAGACUGAUGACAUUGCUUUACACUUCCUCCCUCAAAUGGGCUCAAAUGUGAUCAUGAACAGCUUCAGGAAUGGAGGAUGGGAGUCUGAGGAAAGUCUCUCUGACAACCCCUUUAUAAAGGGAGAAGCUUUUGAGACGAUCAUAGUCAUCAAAUCCGAAGGAUAUCAGAUAUACGUGAAUGGCAAGGAGCAGUACACAUUCAAGCACCGUAUCCCACUGGAAAAAGUGUCAACAUUAAACAUCAAAGGAGUUGUUGAUGUGAAACUUCUUGGCUUCAUACAAAACUGGAGCACAACUUCAUUCCCUACAGAAGUUACAACACAAAUCAUCAGUUUGGGCAGCUCACGUGGGAAACGUUCCACCGUACAGUCAGAGAUCUUGCAGCCAGUCCAAAACCCUAUCCUUCCUUAUGUGGGUCCAAUUUCUGGAGGACUGAGAGUUGGAAUGGCCUUGUACUUGCAGGGAGUUGUUCCCACUAAUGCUGACUGGUUUGUAAUAAAUUUCAAGACCGGGUCAUCUGAGACUGAUGACAUUGCUUUACACUUCCUCCCUCAAAUGGGCUCAAAUGUGAUCAUGAACAGCUUCAGGAAUGGAGGAUGGGAGUCUGAGGAAAGUCUCUCUGACAACCCCUUUAUAAAGGGAGAAGCUUUUGAGACGAUCAUAGUCAUCAAAUCCGAAGGAUAUCAGAUAUACGUGAAUGGCAAGGAGCAGUACACAUUCAAGCACCGUAUCCCACUGGAAAAAGUGUCAACAUUAAACAUCAAAGGAGUUGUUGAUGUGAAACUUCUUGGCUUCAUACAAAACUGGAGCACAACUUCAUUCCCUACAGAAGUUACAACACAAAUCAUCAGUUUGGGCAGCUCACGUGGGAAACGUUCCACCGUACAGUCAGAGAUCUUGCAGCCAGUCCAAAACCCUAUCCUUCCUUAUGUGGGUCCAAUUUCUGGAGGACUGAGAGUUGGAAUGGCCUUGUACUUGCAGGGAGUUGUUCCCACUAAUGCUGACUGGUUUGUAAUAAAUUUCAAGACCGGGUCAUCUGAGACUGAUGACAUUGCUUUACACUUCCUCCCUCAAAUGGGCUCAAAUGUGAUCAUGAACAGCUUCAGGAAUGGAGGAUGGGAGUCUGAGGAAAGUCUCUCUGACAACCCCUUUAUAAAGGGAGAAGCUUUUGAGACGAUCAUAGUCAUCAAAUCCGAAGGAUAUCAGAUAUACGUGAAUGGCAAGGAGCAGUACACAUUCAAGCACCGUAUCCCACUGGAAAAAGUGUCAACAUUAAACAUCAAAGGAGUUGUUGAUGUGAAACUUCUUGGCUUCAUACAAAACUGGAGCACAACUUCAUUCCCUACAGAAGUUACAACACAAAUCAUCAGUUUGGGCAGCUCACGUGGGAAACGUUCCACCGUACAGUCAGAGAUCUUGCAGCCAGUCCAAAACCCUAUCCUUCCUUAUGUGGGUCCAAUUUCUGGAGGACUGAGAGUUGGAAUGGCCUUGUACUUGCAGGGAGUUGUUCCCACUAAUGCUGACUGGUUUGUAAUAAAUUUCAAGACCGGGUCAUCUGAGACUGAUGACAUUGCUUUACACUUCCUCCCUCAAAUGGGCUCAAAUGUGAUCAUGAACAGCUUCAGGAAUGGAGGAUGGGAGUCUGAGGAAAGUCUCUCUGACAACCCCUUUAUAAAGGGAGAAGCUUUUGAGACGAUCAUAGUCAUCAAAUCCGAAGGAUAUCAGAUAUACGUGAAUGGCAAGGAGCAGUACACAUUCAAGCACCGUAUCCCACUGGAAAAAGUGUCAACAUUAAACAUCAAAGGAGUUGUUGAUGUGAAACUUCUUGGCUUCAUACAAAACUGGAGCACAACUUCAUUCCCUACAGAAGUUACAACACAAAUCAUCAGUUUGGGCAGCUCACGUGGGAAACGUUCCACCGUACAGUCAGAGAUCUUGCAGCCAGUCCAAAACCCUGUCCUUCCUUAUGUGGGUCCAAUUUCUGGAGGACUGAGAGUUGGAAUGGCCUUGUACUUGCAGGGAGUUGUACCUACUAAUGCUGACCGGUUUAGAAUUAAUUUCAAAACUGGGCAAUCUGACACUGAUGACAUUGCCUUCCACUUCAACCCUCGAUUGGGCUCAGUUGUGGCCAUGAACAGCUUCAGGAAUGGAAAAUGGGAAAGUGCGGAAAGUCUCUCUGACAACCCCUUUAUAAAGGGAGAAGCUUUUGAGACGAUCAUUGUCAUUAAAUCCGAAGGAUAUCAGGUAUACGUAAAUGGCAAGGAGCAGUACACAUUCAAGCACCGUAUCCCACUGGAAAAAGUGUCAACAUUACAUAUAAAUGGAAAUGUUGAUGUGAAACUUCUUGGCUUCAUACAAGACUGGAGUACAUCCUCAUUUGUUACUGAAGUUACAACAAAGGAAGUUACAACAAAAAUCAUCAGUUUGGGCAGUUCACGUUCCAUUGCACAGUCAGAGAUCUUGCAGCCAGUCCAAAACCCUAUCCUUCCUUAUGUGGGUCCAAUUUCAGGAGGACUGAGAGUUGGAAUGGCCUUGUACGUGCAGGGAGUCGUUCCCACUAAUGCUGACCGGUUUGCAAUCAAUUUCAAGACUGGGCCAACUGACAAGCAUGACACCGCUUUCCAUUUUAACCCCCGAAUAAGCCAUAAGGUGGCCAUGAACAGCUCUACCAAUGGAAAAUGGGGAGCUGAGGAACGUGUCUCUGACAACCCCUUUAAAAAGGGAGAAGAUUUUGAGAUGUUCUUCAUCAUCAAAUCAGAAGGAUAUCAGGUACAAAUAAAAGGCCAACAGCACAGCAUGUUUAAGCACCGCAUCCCUUUGGAAAAAGUUAAUACAAUCAACAUUAAAGGGAAUGUCUCCAUCAGCCUCCUCGGUUUUGUCAUGGGUAUGUGAACAGGAGCAUUUCUGAGGCUGCAUUUUCACAGAAUAAUUUUUAAAUGUCCUCAUCUUGAUAUUUACUCACCAAGACAAUCAUUGAUUUCAAUCUAAUCCACUAUGCCAUAAAUCAUGGUUACUGCUUAUCUUGCAAUGAAAGGAAAUAAAUCAGAUUUUCUUCAACCAAACUGCUCUAAUGUUGCAAGUUUUGGGUCACAAUACGAAACACAUUUUAGAGCUCUGUCACCAUAUGGACAUAUUGACACAUUUAAUGCAUUAUAUUCAUUGUUGGGUUUUUCUUUG